UAAAAUGUCUGUUGUCGAGAAAAAAACUUUGGAUUACACUGUGGACUUUCCCAAACUUCCGGAUGCUCCUUCAGCAACUUCAACAAGUUCUAGCGUCCCUUCUGGUGCUUGGACUGGCUCUGCUCAACCGGCAAUAAAAUCUUCUGUUGUAACCGAGGCGUUUAAAUUAAGUGCUGAGGAACGUGCUUCUCAUGGUGGAAUUGGACGCCCUUUUGGUGGACCGGCUUCUGAGGAACAACAAAAAUGCAAUCAAAUAGCGCAAAAAACUGGCACCAAAAUCGAACUCAACGAGGCAAAGGAUCAGUCAAUCACGAUUUUGAUAACUGGAAAACAAAAGAAUGUUGAAGAUGCCCGAACUCGUCUAGUUCGUGAACUUCAAACACAGGCAACCGUUCGGCUUGAAAUUCCAAAGGAAUAUCACAGUUUUAUUAUUGGCAAACAAGGCUCUAAAUUACACCAACUUGAACAAAAAUUCCUUUGCCGAAUUCAUAUGCCCAAUCGUGAAGAGAAAAGUGACGUUAUUCGUAUUGUUGGCCCAAACGAGUUUAUUGUUGAAGCGGCAAAACAAAUUAAGGCUAUUGGAGAUGAAAUGGCAAAACAAAAGACCGAAAAUCUGAAUAUUCCGCGUUCUUUUUACCCUUGGAUUCGUGGAGUGAACAAUGAAAAACUUGAUGAUUUAAUACAUCGAACUGGUGUUAAAAUAAAUAUCCCACCUCUCCAAGCGAAUAAUGAAACAAUUAUUAUUAGUGGAGAACGUGAAGGUGUUGACGCGGCUGUUGCGGAAAUUAAUCAUAUUUACCAGGAGAAGGUUCGGAAAUUAUUUUUCUAUCCAAAGGAAUUUUAUCUAAAAAUUGAACAAAAGGGACUCAUUUGGGACAGAAUAAACCCAAUCGCAAACUAA